AUGCCGGAUUUAACGGAGGGCGCUGAUGGAAAUAAGAAUGAAACCUGUAAAGAAAAGCGUGUUGGGUCAGUCGACGAUGGUGAAGUCGGAAGAAAAAAACCCGAAGAUAAGAACAAUCUUAGUGGAUAUUUAUCAGAGGGGCAUCUAGAAUAUACUGCACCGAGUGGUACUAAUCCUAAUCUCGAAAGAAGUAAACUCAUGAGAAAAAGCUUCCAUGGUAGUGCGGGUAAAAUGUUAACUGCUGCUAAAGUACCUCCUCCACCGCCACUGCGAACAACUUCACAGCUUAGUGGGCCUAAGUUUGAAUCGGAAGUUAUUGAGCACGGGAUACAAAACCGUCCUCAACAGCCUUUACCCUCCAACACUCAUAGCGGCUAUAAUAAUUAUACCCAUGACAAUGAUGAAGAUGGGGGAUUCUCUGAACAAUAUGGCGAGGAACCUCAAUCAUUGCAAUUCAUACCUUCGUAUGAUGAACAUCAAAUGAACCCCUACAACUGCACCUUGGACGAUUCUCCUAAUACUUCACAAAAUUUCCAAACUGUUGUCACACAAGCAAUGGUACAUCAAGAACAAAGCCCGGUUAAGAGAGAUUUGACUAAAAUCUUAGACAUUUUGCCAUCUCACCAGACUAUUCAAAGCCUUACGAAAGCUUUUGAUAACGGAAUUGAUGUAGUCGACUGUGCGUUUCCACAAAGUAUGAGGCGAUCACCACACAUGUUUGAAUUACCCCCUUACCCCAGUCCAAUGAAUUCCGUUAAUCACUCUAGGCAACCUAGUGAGGAAUUUCCGCCACCACCUCCACCUAUAGAUCUUACUCCAUUGCAAGAAGAAUUGAAUAAAUUAAAUCAAACUUCAAGUACAGAUCUCAAUUAUAUUCAAAGAUUAAACAGUGAAAAUUUGGAUUUACCAAAAGACUCCUUAUUAGCUCAGUUACAAGAAAAAAGAAAUCAAAUUUUCAGAAAUGAUGCAAAUGCUAUCAAAACAAAGCAAUUAGAUACAAUCGGUAGUCCCGGAGAUACAUGGCUAAAAGAGCUUCAAGCUAAGCAAGCAGCCAUAAAGUUAAAACGUUCAGGGUCUCUCGAAGGGCAACUAUCUUCACCUGAUAAUAUUUCGUCGAAACAAUCGACAGAUAAUAAUCUAAGUGUCAGGAAUAUAGCAUCGAGAUUUGAAAAUAACACUCAAAACUUGCUAGUUGAAAACGAAAGAUCUCACGUGGGAUACCUUAAUAUGGGGUCUAACAGAGAUGUUAUUAAUUGUUCCAACCAAUCCACAAACGGACAAUAUACCCGCCGUAAGCCAUCUUCACCUGGUGAUGUUAAACAAAGCGAUGACGAUUUCAAUUCCGUUAAAACAAACAAUAGCGCUAACUACGGUGAUCGUCUGAAGCCUAAGAAAAAAUCGGUAUCAUUUUGUGAUCAAGUAAUUUUAGUUGCUACAGCUGAAGAUCAAGAAGACGAUAGUUAUAUUCCAAAUCCUAUUUUAGAGAGAGUUUUAAAAUCAGCUAUGAAUAAACCAGAACUAACUACUAUUCCACUUCAAAGCGAAAAGCCGUCACUUCAUCGACAAGAUUCUUUUGAUAGUCAAUCAUCACGCUCAACUAUAUCGUCUUUAUCACAAACUUCAUACACACCAAACGAGGCUAAUGAGUAUUUUAAGAAUCAAAAUUAUCCAAAUUCUCAAGUUUUACAGACGCGACUGCAACAAUUUAAUGCACCGAAAAACACGUCACCUGUACAAGGUCAACCCGUUCAAAGUCCUAAUCAAAUUUACCAGGCUUUACCAGCUACUUCACAAAAUCCUAGCAACCCCAUACCGUAUACACAACCACCCGCAGUAAAUCACAAUACUUCAAGCCCACCGAAUUUCAGUCACAACUUAGCGAACAGGCUGACACCCACAGUUCACAAUCCUUCGUAUAUAACGAAGCACCCUCAGAAUAUGCCAAGGACGGUUCCGAACACUUACCCUCACCCACCGAGUCAACUGCAUCAAGCUAACCAAACUCCAAAUAAUACGUAUUACCAUCGACAUCCCCAGCACUCUACGACGCCAACUUUUAAUUAUAGCCAAAAUCGUCAGCUCAACCAGAAUGCUCAAAAUGGUAACACAUCAUAUCAAAGUGUACCUAGCAAUUCACCAGCAUAUCAGAGUUAUCACAACCCACCGACCAGUUACGCUAAUUCUGAUUAUUCUAGUCGAUAUCCUCAAGGGAAUACAUCUAACCAAUAUAACACCCAAUCCCUGUAUCAAAGAGUUCCUCCUCCACAUGGCGACACCCCUGUUGAGAGCUACAGUAACGGUAAUUACCAGAAAAUGGGAAAUAACUUUUACCACGAUGGCAACUCAAAUCAAACUCGUACAGACUCGAGAAACUAUGGAGGACAACGUCUUACAUACCCGGACAAUUGUAAUGAUGUAAACCAAUAUCAUAUGAAUUAUCAAAGUAAUUAUAAUCCGUACCAACAUUUACCGCCACCAAAACAAAUGCAGAAGAAAUCGGUAUCGUUCGAACCCGGUACCAAAGGUGGAACUGAUUCACCUAUACCAUCUCAGAUGAACGGUAACCAUCAAGAAAAUCAACCUCACAGUACAAUAGGUGCUCAAAAAAAUCCAUGCAACUUGUGUCGCAAGAAAACUGUGAUUCCACCAGCUACUUAUUGUCCCGACUGCGACUUUUAUAUGUCAAGGUUUAAGCCUAGGUCAUAG